GACUGGAUUCGGCAAACCUGAACACCAACCAGAAAGAACAAUACGAUGUCUGGAGCAGCAAAGAGUCCGUUGGCUUACUUCCACUUGUUGACCAGGUUAAAGACCACCCCACGAACGGGCUGGGUCAACCACAAUGUUCCUAAUCCAGAAUCCAUUGCGGACCACAUGUACCGCAUGGGAAUGAUCACAAUGCUCUGUCCCGACGCUACCAUCAACAAAGACCGUUGUGUGAAGAUUGCGCUGGUACACGACGUCGCUGAAGCCAUCGUUGGAGAUAUCACACCUCUCGACGGUGUUUCGAAGGAGGACAAACACCGCCUCGAACUAGAAGCCAUGCACAAAAUCACAAAGGAACUCCUCCCACCAUCGAUGUCCGUCCAAUCCGACGAAAUCAUGUCCCUCUGGGAGGAAUACGAGAACUGCAGUACGAAAGAAGCACGAUUCGUCAAGGACGUCGAUAAGUUUGAGCUUUUGUUACAGGCGGUGGAGUAUGAGCGGGCGGGCAAGGGAGAUAUGGAUUUGGAGCAGUUUUAUGGGGUGUAUAAUGCAAUCAAGUUGGAUUUCAUGAAGGAGUGGGCGGAUGAGGUGUUGAAGGAGAAGGAGGAGAUGUGGGAGGAGUUUAAGAUGGCGAAGGCGAAUGGGUCUGCAUAAGCAAGUUGACCGUGUUGGGCGGGAUAGAUAUUGGAUGGGGGUAAUGAAGGGGUAUCAUAUGGUUUGCAUUUUGCU